ACCACAUUACUUUGCCUCUCUGAUCAACAGCAAUAAAUCCACUUGUAAAGAUCUCGAACUCAUUCAAAGACUUAGUAUUUAUUAUUCGUCCAAGGAAAACCUUUUCCAUUUUUCCAACUAUAAAAGACAAUGAGUGUUACAAACGUUGAUAUUUUUUGUCCUCUAUGUGAGACUGAAAUCAGAGGCAAUAUAAAUCGACUGGUGAUUGAUAGUUGUGGGCAUAGUAAGUGUCGCCGUUGUCUCCUUGCUGAUGAUGAAUGCUCAGAAUGCUCGAAGCCGAAACAAUGUAAUACCGAAAAUAAUUCGGGGCAAGGCGUAGACGUUGGUGCAAUCGUUGCAAAUGAAGCAACACUCGAAACGGAUCUUGCGACAAAAAGCACUAAGAAGAAAGGUAGAAAAGUGGCUUCUAUUCCAUCACAUAUUCAACGAUUACACAGUGAUUUGGACUCCGGUGUGCGGUAUUACUGUACACCUUGUGGGAAAAAAUUUGGAAGUCGAUCACAACAAUACUAUCAUUUGACAUGUGGUAGCGAUGCUUCUAAGAAAUAUAAGUGCCAGCAAUGUGACAAGACGUUUUCUACAAAAUCCCAUUUCAAAUAUCACUUGGAGACACAUGAGGGGCGUGUAUAUUAUUGCGGAGAGUGUAAUAAAUCAUUCGCAAAUCGAAUAGUUCUGCAGAAGCAUGAAAGGCUUCAUCGUGCUUCUUCGAUUCAGUGCAAAGAAUGUAAUAAAUCAUUUCGUAACAAGGAAUCUUUAUCGGGUCAUAUUCGGCAACUCCACGAUGAUAACAAGUUACCUUAUACUUGUGAAGUCUGCCAGAAAAGCUAUGUUUUGAAAUCUACUUUAAAGCUACACAUGCAAAAACACUUUGAUAAGAAGUAUGCAUGUCAAUACUGUGAUAAACGUUUCCAACGUAACUAUACACUUAAAUUACAUCUUAAAAAACAUACAAAGACUGAUUGUUAUAUUUGCGGUAUUUGCUUAAGGAAAUUCAGUGACAAUGCAGUUUUGUUGCGGCAUGUUAAACUACAUCAAGAUGUCGUUAAGUUCCAAUGUCGAGAUUGUGAAGCUACCAUCAUACGCAAGGAUAACAUGUUGCGACACAUUCGCACUAUACAUCCAAAUAGAACAUUUGACAACUGUGUUGAAAUAAUAUACCCUAAUCACACCAAAACACUAGGAGCAAUUGAAUCUGAAAACCAUAUAGAAGGUUCAUCACCAAUUAGGGAACCAAAGACUGUAGAGAAUAGUGCUGUUAUCAAAUGCAUAGGGAAUGUUCAGCCAAUGAAAGUCCCAACUAACCACGUUUCCACUAUACUCACCACUAAUAUUCAAAAACCGGCUACCGAAACUACCAUUGCAACCAAGACCUCGAACAAUGAUUCUACAGUUAUCCUACUUCCGAAUGUACAAAUAAAUGCAAGUAUUCUGACUGGUGGAAGUUCUACAGUUAUUCAGAAAAAAAUUAAAAAGUACGACCCGAUAAAAAUGUAUCGAAAGAUUUUGACUUCAGAUCGAGAUGAAAGUGCCACCGAAAGUGAAAGUGAAAAAGAAGAAGUGUAUAGCAUAAAACCGCACUAUUCUGAUAAUACUGUUUCCUGUGUGAGCUUAGCAACUCCUGAAAAACAAAUAUCGAUUAACACUUCGAAUUUCAGUGAAACUCAUUGGCGUAAAAACUUUAGAUAUACCUACCAAUAUCAAGACUUUUAACUACAAUUUUUAUAAUUAAGUACACACUGAAAUAAUUGUACACAUGUGCGUUUCAACUAUUUUUAAUACACUAACCGUAAUAUAUUUUUAAAAAUUUA